UUCUUUUUUUUUUUUUUUUUUUUUUUUGGAGCACAUAACAAACAAAUUGAAAAAAUAGAUGAUUCCUCGGUUACCUCCCUUAAUAUUAGCUUUAUUAGGAGGCGCAUCUAUCUAUGGUAUCAAAUAUGCACUUGACCGGUUUGAACCUAAAGCGAUUGGACCUGGUAAAGAUUUCGAACGGCUAAUGUACCGACGCAAUGUCAAACGAGUGGGAGUGGCAGCAGGUAUAGCUAGUCUAGCGUAUGCUGGAUACACAGUGUAUGGACAUAUGAACAAAAAGGAGGAAGAGUUUUAUGAAGAUCAAUAUUCUGUGCGAGAGAAACAAUUUGUAAUGGAUAAGGCACAAUUGGAUGCUGAACGUAAAGAAAAAGAGAGUCAAAGGCAACAAGAAUUGGAACAAGAAGUCGUUGCUAUGAAUGAAAUUCUUAAAAAGAAACCUUCUGAGAUUAUAACACAAUAAAAAAAAUGUGUAACUUUUUUUUUUUUGUACCUUUUUGAUAAACCGAAGAAAAAAAAUCAUCACUUGGUUUCAAUCACCAUAAAAAAAAAAAAAAAUACGGGGC